AUGAACCGUAUGCCAACCAAGGAAGAGGUUCAGAAAAUUGUGCAACGGUGGCAUCAAUUACGUGACCAGUAUGGAGAUCAAGUUGUGAAUGUCCCAGAGUUUGCUCAGUUGAAUAAAACGAUCAAUAAUAUCAAAAUGCAACAACAACAAUUACAACAACACAUGCAACAACAACAACAACAACAACAACAACAACAACAACAGCAACAGCGAAAUAUACAGCGACCACAAAUGCCACAACAAGGCCAAAACCAACAGCCAUCACGUUCAUCAUCACAAGCUCAUUCUCAACAACUGCAGCAACGGCUACAACACCAAGGGUCACCUGUAACACUGAACCCUGUUCCACCAACACCUAACCAGCAGUUCACUAAUGUUACAAAUGGUAACAAUAUGGGGGCUCAGAUGGGUAACAUGGCUGCCUCUCCAGCUGCUAAUGUACAAUCAUCAGUUUCGGGAACCCCAUUUUCACAAGACGUGAAUUUGCUAGCUAAUUCCACCAAUAAUAAUCGCUAUCCAGCGCAGUUUACUAACAGAACAAUACAAAACGGCACCAAUACUCAGCAGAAUGUCAAUCAAAAUGCAAACAGUAACUGGUCGUUGAACUCCCCAGCACAACUGUCCCCUACCACCGAGUCAGCAUUCACAAACCAACAGUUCCAGUUGUUGAAGUCACAAAUGCAAGCAAUAAAGUACUUGACCAAAUCCCCAAAUCAAGGGCCAAUGCCUCAAAAUUUGGUAAGCUUUGUAACAAAUCCUGCGUCUUCUUACCCCACCGACCCUUACUUAUCGACACCUGCAAGGAACAAUAGUGCUAUAAAUCCAAGUUUCCCUUCAAGAGUAGCCUCAAUAUCCAAUAACCUGACAGGUGCUACUGAUGUCCAAGCACCCACUGAGCCUGUGGAAAAGAAAAAGGGUAAAAGAGGCCCCAAACCGAAGAAUAAAGAUCAGCCCAAGAAAAUGUCAAAGAAGCAGAUUAAAGAGGAAGAACAAAGACUUGCGGCGGAGAAACAACGAGAGGAGCUAGAACGUUUUCACAGGAUUAAGCAGGAAGAGUAUCAAGUACCGCAACAGAACCCCUUGGGCCCAGCACCAGCACCAGCACCAGCACCAGCACCAGCACCAGCACCAGCACCAGCACCAGCACCAGCACCAGCACCAGCACCAGCACCAGCACAACAACAAGCACAACAACAAGCACAACAACAAGCACAAGCUGAACCUAACUUAACACCGCAAGAAAGUGAAUUCUCAUUUGCUGACCCAUCGCCUCCUGUUUUGUUAAAUAAAAUUGUCAACGAGAAGAACAAGGAUUCCAAAAUUGUUGUUCCUGUUACCAAGCCUACGGUUGAGGUCGAUACAUUUGAGAGAGUCGACAUUGUUGGGGAUAAGACCCAUGAUGUACCUCUAAGUUUUCUUUACACUCCACAAAGUCGUAUUCAAAUUCCAUCUUUGAUACCUCAGGGCCUAAGCUUGGAACAAAUUGCAGCUAACCGCGAAUUGUUCUUGAUUUUCAGCAUCGAGAACGAGAAGGAUUCAAUACGAUCGGAGAUACAAUCUUUAGGAAAUAAUGAUCCCAAAAGAAAGGACAAAUUGGUAACGAAGUUGAAUGAGUUGGAAAUUAUUCCAAUUCAAAAACAAGCUCGGGGUAAGUUGCUUAGUCAGGUAUGGUAUAGUAAAUCUUUGCUUCCAAAUUCUCAUCCUAAUUUUUUGGCAAGAUUCAAUACGUUAUCGAUGGAAAGUGUUUCCGUUACUAUUGAUCUCUACCGUCACCAAUUGGAGUCCUUGAUGAGGGAACAAAACAAAAAACAUUCGCACGUUUUGGACCAGGUCCUUGACUUUAGCACAAGAAACUCUGCGAGAGCCAAUAAGAAAGCUGAUAAGGUGAGCAGAUUUAUGCACAAAAUAGCCGGUCUUCACAACCUGACGGCAAGAGAAGAACAGAAGAAGCUAGAAAAAAUGGCAAAACAACGUUUACAGGCUUUGAAGCUGAAUGAUGAGGAAGCUUAUUUGAAACUUUUGGACCACACUAAGGAUACAAGAAUUACUCAUUUAUUAAGACAAACCAACCAGUUUUUGGACUCCUUGGCACAAGCUGUUCAAACUCAACAGAAAGAAGCCGAAGCAAAUCUUGCAAGCACCGGUCGCUUACCAGAAGGUACUGCUGAGGCUGUUGACGAAGAUGAAAAAAGAGAGAAGACGGAUUAUUAUAACGUUGCCCAUAGAAUCAAAGAGGAAGUUACAAAACAGCCAUCAAUCCUAGUAGGUGGUACCUUGAAGGAAUACCAGUUGAAGGGAUUGCAAUGGAUGGUAUCUUUGUUCAACAAUCACUUGAAUGGUAUUUUGGCCGAUGAGAUGGGUUUGGGAAAGACCAUCCAGACAAUCUCGCUUUUGACGUAUUUGAUAGAGGUAAAGAAAAUUCCUGGUCCUUUUUUGGUUAUUGUUCCUCUUUCAACUGUGACAAAUUGGAAUCUCGAAUUUGAAAAAUGGGCCCCAACGGUGAAGAAAAUCACUUAUAAAGGAACUCCAAAUCAAAGAAAAGCAAUGCAGCAUGAAAUCAAGACAGGUAAUUUUCAGAUUCUUCUCACCACUUUUGAAUACAUUAUCAAAGACAAGGGGCUCUUGGGUAGAGUGAAAUGGGUGCAUAUGAUCAUCGAUGAAGGUCAUCGUAUGAAAAAUUCCAACUCAAAACUUUCAGAGACUUUGACUACAAACUACCACAGUGAUUAUCGUUUGAUUUUGACUGGUACACCAUUACAAAAUAACUUGCCAGAAUUAUGGGCAUUAUUGAAUUUUGUGUUACCUAAAAUUUUCAACUCAGUCAAAUCUUUUGAUGAGUGGUUCAAUACUCCAUUUGCAAACACUGGAGGACAGGACAAAAUUGAAUUGAGCGAAGAAGAGACGUUGUUGGUGAUCAGAAGGUUGCAUAAAGUUUUGAGACCAUUUUUGUUGAGAAGAUUGAAAAAGGAUGUUGAAAAGGACUUGCCAAAUAAAGUAGAAAAGGUAGUCAAGUGCAAAAUGUCCGCACUUCAAUCCAAACUUUAUCAGCAAAUGUUGCGUUACAAUGCCUUAUACGCUGGUGAUCCAAAUGACGAAACAGCAGUCGUUCCUAUCAAAAAUGCCAAUAAUCAAAUUAUGCAGUUAAAGAAGAUUUGUAAUCAUCCUUUCGUUUACGAGGACGUGGAAAACUUUAUUAACCCAACAUCAGAGAAUAAUGAUCUCAUUUGGAGAGUUGCAGGAAAGUUUGAAUUAUUGGAUAAAGUUUUGCCAAAAUUCAAAGAGACUGGUCAUAAAGUGUUAAUAUUCUUCCAAAUGACACAGGUUAUGGAUAUUAUGGAGGACUUUCUUAGACUUCGCGGGAUGAAGCAUAUGAGACUUGAUGGAGGAACCAAAGCGGAUGACAGAACGGAGCUUUUGAAAUUAUUCAACGCCCCUGACUCUGAUUACUUUUGUUUUCUUUUGUCCACCAGAGCUGGUGGUUUAGGGUUGAACUUGCAGACUGCAGAUACGGUUAUCAUUUUUGAUACGGAUUGGAACCCACAUCAGGAUUUGCAAGCCCAAGAUAGAGCUCACCGUAUUGGACAGAAAAACGAAGUUAGAAUUUUGCGAUUGAUUACAGAGAACUCUGUCGAGGAGAUGAUCUUGGAAAGAGCUCACGCAAAGUUGGAAAUUGAUGGUAAAGUCAUUCAAGCAGGUAAGUUCGACAACAAGUCUACAGCUGAAGAGCAAGAGGCAAUGUUGAGGGCAUUAAUUGAAAAGGAAGACGAACGUCGUACUAAAGGUCUAGAUGAAGAAGAGGAGGAUUUGGACGAUGACGAAUUGAAUGAAAUAAUUGCGAGAAACGAAGCAGAACUUGUAAAGUUUAAAGAACUUGACGAAGAGAGGUAUGCUGCAACUAGGGAUGCUAGUUAUCCUACAAGAUUACUUUCUGAACAAGAACUCCCUCCUAUAUAUAAGAAAGAUCCAGAAGAAAUCCUUAAGAAAGAUGACAUUUACACGGAAGAUUACGGUCGUGGCGCGAGAGAAAGAAAGACAACCAAAUAUGAUGAUAAUUUGACCGAAGAACAAUGGUUGAAGCAAAUUGAAGGUGUCGUUUCAGAUGAUGAUGAUGACGAUGACGAGGGUGAUUUCAAUAGUGAUAGUGACAUUUACCAAAGCGGAAAGAGCUCUAGAGGAAAGAGUAAAGGAAAACGAAAGAGGGGAUUUGGAAAAGCUCGCGGAGAGAAAGUGCAUGCCUUAGAUGGUGAUGACGACAGUACCAACGAAUAUGAUAGUUCGAGUAAGCGCUCGGCUGAUGAGUCCGAUAAUUUGAUUUCCCAAAAGAGACAAAAGCUUGACACACCUGAACCUGGGUCUGCCCCAGGGAACGGAAGAGGUCGUGGUAAAUUGAGAGGCAGGGGACGCGGACGUGGAAGAGGUCGUGGAUCGUUGUUAUCACGUUCGACACCAUCAAUAGAUCCGUUGUCGCCAGAUGAAAGAGCCAUGCUUCAGAAUAAUAUUGAAACUCUUCUAGGGUUGAUAAUGAACCACAAGAACGAGGAGGGAAGAGCUUUGAGUGACUUAUUUUUAGUUAAGCCAUCGAGAAGAUAUUAUCCUGAUUAUUAUGUGUUAAUAAAACACCCUAUUGCGCUCGAUACCAUAAGGAAGAGAGCAACUGGACACACCUAUACCCAGUUGAGAGAAUUUUUGGAAGACGUCCACUUGAUGUUCAGCAAUGCCAAAAUUUACAAUGAAGAAAGCUCGUUUGUUUAUCAAGAUGCUGCUCUUUUGGAGAGAAUGUGCAUUGACAAACUCAAGGAGUUGCUUCCAACAGCACAAUUAGAGGAAAUGGACCAGCUCUUGAAUUUUAUACAAUUUGAUGAGAUGUUUUUAUAG